AUGGAUGACUCAUCAUGGCAAGUCAAACGUAGCUCUGCUACAUUGCAGCAACCUUUAAUGGCUUCUUCUUCUUCUUCAACUCCGCAAGAAGCUAGAAACCAGCAUGCUUGGUUUGGAAAGUGGUCGCGGAGGUUUGGUGAUGAUACGGUUGAGUGUUAUUCGGCAGAGGGUGAGUGUAAAAACAGUGUAAGGGAGAAGGAGGAGAGGGUUUUCUCGGAAAGAAAAUUUGGUUGCAUUAUUGAAUUGUGCGAACCCAUUGUUUAUGUUAAUGUUAGUGGCUUCUGUGUUUAUACGCAGAUGGAGAUUAACUCAGGUCAGUAUUUUUAUCCGCUUGUUGGACAUGAUUUGAGGUCACAAGGACAUGGAAGGAUGCUGGAUUGUAUGGUUUCCAAUGUUUCCAAUUUAAGUUCCCAUUCAGGCAAUGUUGACCUUGGAAAUUCAUUUCUGGCUCUCCUAUCUGGCCCAGCAUCGUUUUUGCCUUGUGAUUUCCAGGAAUUACCAAGUUCCCAACAAGUUGGUACAUCUCAUAGAGUUCCUACUGAAGUCAAUAGUACAGCCUUUAGUGCUAUUGGAAGUCGGUUCCCAUUGACAUCGGGUAGGAUACCAUCAGAAAAUUUAAGCUAUCAAAACCAGAGAAAUGGAGCAGAUCCAGUUGUUUCAUCCAAGGCAGCAUCUGCUUGCCAUUCUGUUUUGCAACAUGGUCCUCAGGCUGCUAACUUUGCUAUCCAGAGUUCAGACCUGGCUAAGGCAGUCAUCCAUCACAAGAUAUCUGAUAUUGAGAAGGUAAAAGGUUCUUCUAAUCUGAGAGGGGUAUGGCGGAGUACUACCCCUGUGAAUGAUGUAAAGCUUCCGGAUACUAACUGUAAAAUGCCACAAAAAUUGCCAACAGAAGCAGAGUUUUCUGUUUCUAAGAAUUCAUCUGCUUUUUCUCGUCAGCACCCUCGUGUAUUUUGCUUGGGUAAAAGUGGGGAGCUACUUCUGAGCAGUACAGGACUCCCAGGCAUUCUUUGCUCAUGUCAUUGCUUCCACAUGUCUGUAUCCAAGUUUUGUGAGCAUUCAGGAUUAUGGAAUGUUAACCCUGGAACUGCUGUUCAUAUGGAUAGUGGAGAGACCAUUGCUCAGUGGCGUAAGCUAUACUUCCAGAAAUUUGGGAUCAGGGUUCCAGAAGAUCAGAGUGGGUGGGACUGGCCUGAAGGAUUACCCUUGACUGCUAGUUUGGUGCAAUCCAGUAUACCACUUUCCCUGUCCAAGAAUUCUGACUGCAAUCAUCUGGGUGGGUCUUCUGGAAGUUUAGUGAGGUGUGGACAGCCUAUUGACGGUGUUGUUUUUUCAAAGAAUCCCCUUACAGACAAGAACUCAAACGUGAAUUCAGUUAUUGAUGCUUUAGACAAACAAAAGAGAAAUGGUCAAGGUGGUAACAAAUUUCUUGGGUUGGUCGGAACUUUGCAAAGCAAUGUACAUGGUGUGGGGUAUAACGCACCACUUUCUGUGACAGAUAGCACUAUCUCUAGGUGUUCAACUAUUCCUGCUUUUGUUGGCAAAGGACCAGAGAAUGGUUGCCAGUCCAUAUCUGCAUAUAUUGAUAAUAUUUUGAAGAGUGGAAGUUUUUCAACUACCAAUUCUGUGCUUCAAAAUGCAAGAGCCCCCUUUAGAUGUUCUGAUGUCAGCAGAGCUAAAGAUGAAAAGGACUGUGUAAUUAUAGACAAGGAUACUGCUUCUUCCAGCAUAGAGUUGAGGCUUGGGCAACCACAUCAGCAGAGUCAGUCCUCAGGAAUUCCAUCUCUAUCAUCAGUGAGGCCACAAUCAUGCAACAUUCUUGUGAAUUCACAGAAGCCAAUUUCCAGAGAGCAGAUGAUUCAUUAUGUAACCAGUUGCGGGCGAGAAGAGGAAUCCAGACAAUGUCUUCCUUGUGUAGCUGGCCUGUCAAAUUCCACAAGAGAACGAGAGCAGUUGAACUAUGGACACUGUGCAAUCAAGAAUCUGAUGGAUGUUGGCAAACUAGAAAAAUUUAAAGGCGACGUGGCUAAGAGCACAGUGUUUUCACCAUUUAAACACUUUAAUAGUUCACUUGAGGGUAACUCACACUCUGGAUCUACUAAUAAUGUGUUCAAUAGCACCGAGCAAAACAUGCCUGAAACAUUAUGUAGGGAAACUCAUGCUGUCAAGUACGCAGGUGAUGACCCCUUGAAUGGUGGAAAUGGUUUAGAAAGGCAAAGGACUGACCCUGAGUUUGGUUUCUCUAGACCUAGAGACAUGGGUAAAGGUGUGGGGUGUCUUACCGGCAACUCUUUCUAUGAAACAAAUUCUGUGCCAAAAAUGCAUAAGUGGAAGAAAAAUCCAAGCUCUUCUGGAGUCAUAAAUGGAAACACUUGUGCUGGUUUUCCCACUAUGCAUGAAAAGGACCAACUUCCACAUUACUUGUCUAGCUUACCACUGGAUGCAUCUGAUGCUGGAAACUUGCCUACCUAUCUUGAUAAGGUUCCUUGUUUUGGUAGUAUUGAUCAUGUCUUCCCUGGAGCAUUGGGUUCAUCCAUGGGUUCUGGGCAAAUUUUGCCAUCACAAGCAGUUCCAAUAGGUUUCCCGUCGUCUGCUUCAACUUCCAUUUCAGGGCUGAAUCCAGCCUUGUUGAAACAAGAUGGAAUUGGUUUAAGCCCUUAUUUGCUUCACGAUAAUCUAAGAAUGCUUGCAUAUAGGCAGAUAUUGGAAUUAUCCAAGCAACAGCAUGAGAUGUCUUCCCUUGGAAAGAACCACGAACUUGAUAGACGUGUCAAACUACAGCAUUCUCUUUUUGAACCAUCAGCAUCUGGAUUACAAAGAUGCGAUACUAAUUUUAACAGCAAACAGGAUGAUUUUGAAGUUCCCAUGAAAUCAACCCAAUCUACUCUCACUGUUAAGAUGGGUGAUGAUGUUGCUAAAUGCACUCACGUGACAGGCAAGUGUAUGGAACUUUGGUAUACUAUUCAUGAAACAUGUUUGAACAACCGGUGCAAUUUCUCAACAUUGACAGCAGGAAUGCCAUUUUGUAGUAAAGAAAUUGACAAGCAGUGUCAACUUCCUCACAGUCAUCUUCAAAAUGAACAGCCCUUGUGGAGACUUGGCAGGAAUGAGCACAACAUCUCAGAUUCAAAUGAGUAUGAAAGUUGCUGUCAGAUGACUCAGUAUUUUCAAACUCACUGCAGCUGUGCAGCCCAUACAAACUGUUUAGGAGGGAAAUGCACAGGUGGUAAUAAUGCUAAUUUCUUCAGAGAACCAAUGAGAGGUGUUGGUGGAAAACUCCCUGCUUUGAUGGCUUCACAAAUUGUUAAAGAUAACAUCAUUCCACAUGAAAAUACUAUUUCCUUAGAUCACUGUGGAAAAGUGAAGGGGCACGCACCUAAGAACAUCAGUUGCACCUCUCAGUGGAAAGAUGUGCCAAGCAAGAUAAAAAAUGUCAGCCAAGUGGCACGCAUAGACCAAUCAGUUGGCAUCUUGGACAGAAGAGGACAUGAAUCAACUAAUCUUGGAGACACUGCUGCUAGGUGCUAUGGAGGAGCAGUGCACAUGGCUGACUCCUUCAGAGAGCAAGAAACAUCCAAUAUUUCUUCUGGAUGUUCAACCCCUGCUGUUACUCAGGAAUCAACUGAGGUUAACAAUGUGGAUACUUCAAUUGUUGUUGCUGGGAAUGCUAGCUGCAUGAAACAUCUUAUAGUUGAUGAAGGAUCAGGCAUUGAUAAAUGCUGCUCAUCAGAUGAUGCUCUUGAAAGUGACAGAAGUGCCAACUUCUGUGGCUCUAGUUGCCCGACAAGACUGUGGAAAGACAGAUCUUCUAAAGUCAUUAACAAUCAAUCAUCUCGUAGUCUUCUUGAUGAGGUUAAGCUCAUGGAUUCUUUGACAUGGAAGAGAGGCCGGAAUCAAAUCCAGGCUGAGAUUACUGUUCUUGAGAAAACCAACCAUCCACCCGAGUCUGAUAGGGGAUCCAAAACUGUGAAGAGGAAGAGAGAAAUGAAACUGGAUAUGCUGGAUGCAUCACUAGGUGCUGCUGGUCAUGCAGUGCAAGAUAAAUAUCCUGAGUGUGAUGAAACUGCUGAUCAGCAUUGUUUAUCCAAAGAUGUCCACAUGGUUUCAUCUGGCCAAGGAAUGCCUUGCAUUUCUCGUGUUUCCUCUAUAAAACCUAGUUCCAAUGAAAGGUCUAUGCUGUUGCUGUCCAAACCACUUUCUUGUAAGAGAGAUCUACAGAAACUCUAUAAUGGAAGGGACGGAGAGAAUGAUGACAGGACAGAAAUAAGCAAUACUGUCACCUCAUGCAAAAUUGAAGUUUCAGGAAGAAAGAAAUUCAGAAAGAGAGGGACUUCUGAUGGUUGCUCACAGUCUCAGACACUAGAACAAGCUUCUGCAGUUGGUGGAAAAACUAUGAACUGUGAUUCGGUGAGUUAUAUGAACGGAUCGUUGAGUCAACAGGUGAGCGAUUUUUACAGGAAGGCAAGGCCAGUGGUGUGUGGGAAGUAUGGUGAAAUAUCUAAUGGAGAAAUGUUUGGAGAUCUACCAAAGCCAGCUAAAAUUGUUCCUCUUGAUAGGAUACUUAGAGCUGCCAAAAAAUGCACUCCUCCCAAAAACAAAAAAUCUAGAAUAACUUCCACAAAGGAGUUGAAGAAGACAAGCUUUGGUGGGACUAAUGAGUGCUUUAAUAGAUUCUCCAAUAUGAAGAAAGAAAAUGAAGGCAAUGAUGCUUCAGGUUUUGAUGAGAUGAAUUUUCACAAUUCUGUCAGAGAGAGGGAGAACGCAUCUGUUGGAGGGGACAAGCAUUUUGCUGAUGAGUUGUUGGUGUUAGGGACAAAGAGAGGCAGCAAAAGUGAGGGAGCUUGUGGUAUUUUAGACGAUAAUGCUCACAGUCAGUCAAAGCUAAAGGUCAAGGAAAUUCGUAGACGCAGCCUGAAUGAGCUGACAUCGAAAGACUUGUAUCAGAUAUUGCGAUGGCUGUAUGUUAGAAUAGACAAUCCAGCAGAGGUUCUUGUGAGCAUGUAUAUUGGUGGGAUUUUGAAAUGUGGACCAAAGAUGAAAGAUGGGAAAAUUAUAGAGAGUUCCGAAGAUUCUAAAUGUCACACACGUGGAUCAUUCAAAGUCAAUGCCAAAAGAAAUAUUCAAGAGCAAGAGCACUUGUCUGUUAUGGAUUCAGAUUCAUUUUGCUGUGUCUGUGGAAGCUCAAAUAAAGACGAAGUUAAUUGCUUACUAGAGUGUGAUCAAUGUCUAAUCAAAGUACACCAGGCUUGCUAUGGUGUUUCCAGAGUUCCUAAAGGUCAUUGGUAUUGCAGACCUUGCCGUGCUGGUGCAGAAAAUACUGUUUGCGUGCUUUGUGGUUAUGGUGGUGGGGCCUUGACUCAGGCACUUCGGGGUCGUGCAAUAGUGAAAAGCCUUUUGAAAGCUUGGAGCUUCGGAACAGAAUGCAGGCCUAAAAAUUCAGAUUCUUCUGCCAUAACAUUGCAGGAUGAAUUUAGCAUGUUGCAUUCCCCAGGAUCUGCACUUGAAAAUAACUCGUAUCCGGUUUUAAGACCUAAAAAUAUUGAGCCAUCCUCUUCGUCUGGUUGGAGUAUCAAUAUGCAGAACCAAUUGGAUAGUUUACCAAAUUCCUUGUCUUGUGUUAGUAAUCCAAAGGUACAUAACAGCAUUACAGCUGGAGUACUUGAUUCCGCUGUUAAGCAGUGGGUUCACAUGGUUUGUGGCCUUUGGACUCCUGGGACACGAUGCCCAAAUGUUGAUACCAUGAGUGCUUUUGAUGUGUCAGGUGCUUCAUACCCUGGAGCAAGUACGGGCCUGUUGCAAAGUGAGGUUGAAGGGGUAGACAAUGAAAAUGUUGGCUUUUAUGGGAGAUGUGCACUUCAUGCUAUGCAUGCAACAGGUGAAUAUUCAUGUGAUGCUGCCAACAAUGAAGCGGGUUGUAUAGGAGAAAAGGAAGAGAUUUGUGCCAGGACUGAGGGCUAUAAGGGACGGAAACGAGAUGGCUUUUGGCAUGGUAUUCAUGGUCAAUCAAAAGGGAAUGGUGGAUGCCUUGUUCCUCAGGAGCAGUUUAAUGCUUGGAUGCACAUUAAUGGACAGAAGUCACACACUGGGCUUUCUAAGUUGCCUCUGUCAGAUGUGGAGCAUGAUUGUCGGAAAGAAUAUGCUCGUUAUAAACAAGCUAAGGGUUGGAAAUAUUUGGUUGUUUACAAGUCUGGCAUCCAUGCCCUUGGACUUUACACAUCCCGAUUCAUCCAUCGUGGUGAAAUGGUGGUCGAGUAUGUGGGUGAGAUUGUUGGGCAACGCGUGGCUGAUAGAAGAGAGAACGAUUAUGGAAGAAAGCUGCAAUACAAGAGUGCUUGCUACUUCUUCAGGAUUGACAAAGAGCAUAUAAUUGAUGCAACUCGGAAAGGUGGCAUUGCUCGUUUUGUCAAUCAUUCAUGUCUGCCAAAUUGCGUUGCCAAAGUGAUUUCUGUGAGGAAUGAAAAGAAGGUAAUGCAAAAUGCUGUUCUAGUAUCUUUCUCCAAGAUCAUUAUUUACUUGUACUUGCUUGGACAACCGAAGUGA